CUUUUGAACGGGGGUGGGUGCUUUGUUUAUGAGAGAACGAACAACGUAGGCCCUGAUUGGUAAUAGUCAUUGUCAACGUUUCUCUUUACAAUAGGACCGCCUUUUACUGUUUGUUCUCGUGAUAAUUGAAAUUAUGAAACAGGAGACAUUUUGGUUCUUGUAACAGGGACGUAUCUUGAAUUCAAAGCAUGAACAUAUGAGCCACAAUGGUAAAUAUGCGUAGAAUCGUUUCUGUAUUGACGUUCUAGAGCCAGCGAUGGCAACGGAGAAAAUAAACGACGUAUUCAAAGUUGCAAGUCAGUUCAUCAACAUAAAUGACUCUUUUCGUACCUCCUAGUACUGGCUUGCGAACGAGGAUAAUUUUGAAGAGAGAAACACCAAAAUAAAUCUUCCACAUGAGUCGGUGAACAUGGACGGGUGGAGUCCAAUUGUUGCAACAGCUUCUGACGAUGAACGUUCAAGCUCCGAGGGUGAAUACACAGUGGACACUGGACCAAAAGAAGCGGAAGAGAAAGAGGGUGAACUAAAGAUAAAUGAUGAGAGCAUGGAUGGAGGUGCUGCUGAGGGAUUUGGGAUAACUGGCUUUGGAGAGGGCACCGUGAGAUUGAGUUGUACAGGACAGACCGCUGAACAAGAACUUCGGUACCUCCACUUGCUAUGGGAACCCAGUCGAGUUGGAUCAGGGUCGGGUGUGGCGAGCAGCAAACCCGGGAAGGUGACAGGGUGUAGAGCGAGGCGACAAGGGAGAGCCCGGCGAAAUGUGGGGCCCAUUGGAAAAGAUAUUUAUGCGGUGAAGAGGUUCCGAGAGGCUGCCAAUGGCAACGACAUUGAUACAGUGCGCAGGCUUCUUCUAGAAGACAUAGACCCUUGUGCAGCAGAUGACAAAGGAAGAACAGCCCUCCACUUCUCCUCCUGUAAUGGCAACGAGAGCAUCGUGCAACUUCUUCUGAGCUACGGCGCUGAUCCUAACCAGCGGGAUGGCCUUGGGAACACCCCUCUCCAUCUGGCGGCCUGUACCAACCACGUGCCUGUAAUCACCACAUUGCUGAGAGGAGGAGCACGUGUGGAUGCCCUAGACCGAGCAGGAAGGACCCCCCUGCACCUGGCACGCUCCAAACUCAACAUCCUGCAGGAUGGAGACUCGAGGAGUAUAGAAACUCUUAGAGGGGAGGUCACACAGAUCAUUCAGAUGCUGAGGGAGUACCUGAAUGUGAUGGGACAGAGUGAGGCCAGAGAGAGACUGGAUCAUAUCUCAACACAGCUGCAGCACACACGCACCAAAGAACAGGUUGAUGAGGUAACCGACUUGCUGGCCAGCUUCACGUCACUCAGUCUACAGAAGCAGAAUUUGGGGGAUAGGUAGAGGGGGCUCUCUUUGUGGAUACAUUCUUCUGUUUACGGCGGGGUAAUGGGAAUACUACUGUGAUAAAGUAAAUAAAAAAGAUCUUUAUGAACUCAUUACCCUUGACUGUUGUGUUGGUCUUCCUCUCAGCAUCUUUGUGUCACUGCCUUUUUUCUGUUGCCUUGCAUGUGUUGUACAUGAAUGUUUACUGUAAAAAAAAAAAAAAAUCAUGGUCAUUGUUGUAAAUGGUUGUAACAAUCUGAGUUAAUCGAUUAAUAAAAUGUUUGGAAAUA